UCAGGUUGCUCUCCAUGAGCGUGGCUGUGCUGCUGCUCCUGCUGCUGGUUCUGGGGCUGCAGGAGGCUGCAGAGCGCAGGAGGAACAGGAACAGAUGUUUCUUCAACCGCACCCAGGAGUUCUGUAUGUGCUACAACCUGUCUGAGGAGACAGCUGGGAGCAUCAUCCAGUGCCUGGCAGCUACUGUGGUGGAGUUUUGGGGUGGAGAUGUGGAGAAAUACACAGACUUCCCCAUCAGGGACCUGGACGACUCCACCAUUGAGACUCUGGGCUCCCUUAUCGUCGAGAAAAUCAUCAUUGGAAAUGUGCUGGUGCCUGAGGUGCUCCUGGCCCGUGUGCUGAGGUUCUUCUCCUAUACCCACGUGCAGGAGCUGGCCUUUGACAGCUGCAUUUUCCAGGGCACGGGGGACUGGAGUGACAUGGAGGGGCAGAGCUUGCCCAUCCUGUCCCUGAGCUUCCACAACGUGAGCUCUGCCCCUCUGACAGGCCAUGAGCCGGCCUUCUCCAGCCUGGGCAGGUGGCUGGGGACGCUGCAGGAGCUGGCUGUCACCAGCUCCCGUGUCACCAGCCUGCCCUGUGCCAUCGGGAAGCUGCUCAGGGCCCUGCACUCCCUGAGCCUGGCACACAACAGCCUCGGGGACGGGAGCCUGGCCCCUGCCUUCUGCCAGGGAGCUUUCCCUCAGCUCCAGCAGCUGAGCCUGCAGCACAACAACCUGAGCUCCUACCACGGUGUGUGUGAGGGCGUGGGGCUGCUGCCACAGCUCCAGCACCUGGAUCUCAGCCACAACGAGCUCAGGGCGGAGCCAUCCUCCUCCUGCCAGUGGCCACCAUCCCUCCAGCACUUCAACUUGUCCUACACUGGCUUGGCUGAAGUGCCAGUCCCGCUGCCUCGCCACCUCCAGGUGCUGGACAUGAGCCACAACCACCUCCACGCUGUCGACAUCUCCCUCAGCUCCAUGAGGAAACUCUUCCUGAACCAAAACCUGCUGCAGGCCGUGCCCUCCAUCAGGAAUUGCCCUGUGCUGGACACCCUCCACUUGGACAACAACUCCAUUUCAGAGCUGCCCAGGGCUGAGGUGAAGCUGCUGGGGCGCCUGCAGGACGUGGCUGUGGCUGGGAACCCCUUCAGCUGCUCCUGCUCG